GAGGAAUCGACUGCAAAGAAAGAAGCAAAAAGAUUACGUCUUUUUCCGAGUUCUGUUUCUUCCGAUGAUUAACAAUCCAUCAAUUUGCAGUUCAGCGUUGGACAAAUUGAAAAGGAUGAUGAGUUUCCGAUGUUAUCCAGUGUUCAACCCCAAGAUUUUCUCAGUUUCUCUUGUCUCCUCAUACUCAUCUCGCCAUCCUAAUCUUGCCUUCCACUCCAAAUCAUCCGACUCUCCUCUAUCUGGUCUAGAAUGCGUGAUGAUGGAUUAUAUCUUCGGGAAGAAGAAGGCCACUGAAGUUGCUCACUCUGUGUGGAAGCAUGUUGUUCAGAAAGGAGACACAGUUGUGGAUGCCACAUGCGGAAACGGUUAUGAUACAUUGGCAAUGGUGAAUAUGGUGAGUGAUAAGUCACUCAGUGGCCGUGUUUAUGCAAUGGAUAUUCAAGAAACUGCAAUUAAGAAUACCAUGUCUGUGUUGGAUGGAUUACAUGAUCCUGAUGAGAAAGAAAUGGUAAAGCUUUUUGCUACCUGUCACAGCAAAAUGGAAGAAGUUGUUCCAAGGGGUGUGACAGUGAGGCUAGUUGCGUUCAACUUGGGAUAUCUUCCGGGAGGUGACAAAACAGUGAUUACUAAAUCAGAAACAACCCUAUUAGGAAUGGAGGCUGCAACCAGAAUUGUAGCAGCUGGAGGUGUUAUCAGCAUCAUGGUUUAUGUGGGGCAUCCUGGUGGGAUGGAAGAAUAUGAGAUGGUGGAAGGCUUCGCUUCUGGAUUGGCAGUUGAUAAGUGGAUAUGCUGCAAGCUUCAAAUGUUGAACCGACCACUAGCUCCCGUACUCCUCUUCUUAUGCAAGAGGUAGAAGACACAUCAUUCUUUGUCUUUCAUCACUCGGGUUUUCGUCAAGAUCAAGAUUUGGCGAACGAGUUUAGAGAUUUUCCGUCACCAUUGUACCCUGUAGGUAGACAUUGUUCCUAAAAAGGCUUGUGAAAACUAGAGUUUUGUUUGAUGUCCACUGCUUAAACAUUGUAAUUGUGUGGAUUUGCUCAAGCAUUUUUCAGAAGAUGUGUGAAUG